GGACCAGAGCCCCGCCCCUGUCCGCAGGCUGUCCCAGCCCGGCUCCAACCAGGAUCCGACGCCGGACGCCCCGCGCUGCAGCUGCCCCAGCUCCCCUGACUGUCCCCCGCGCCCCGAGAUCGAUCCGACCGCCCUGCGCGGCCCCCGCUACCUCCCCGGAGCGCCGGCCCGUGCGCCCCGCUCGCUGCUCCCCGGCACUCUCGGGGGGCCCGCCCGCCCUGCACCCUGGAGCACCGGGCCGCGAGCCUUUGCCAACUCCUCUGGAUCUUCGCGGCCGUAGGCAGCGGCUGCAGUGCCUGUCCGCCCGAGGGAGGACCCACACUGCUGCGUUUGCCCUGCAACUCUGGCUCUGCUGUCUACCCCUUGGGUAACACGGGCAUCCCGGGAACAUGGCAGACGAAGACCUCAUUUUCCGCCUGGAAGGUGUUGAUGGCGGCCAGACCCCCCGGGCUGGUCACAAUGGUGAGUCCGAGGCCGACAGCGACGAUGAGGAAGGUUACUUCAUCUGCCCCAUCACCGAUGACCCCAGGUCACACCAGAAUGUCAAUUCCAAGGUUAAUAACUACUACAGCAACCUAACGAAGAGUGAGCAGUAUGGGUCCAGCGGGUCCCCCGCAAGCUCCUUCCAUUUUAAGGAAGCUUGGAAGCAUGCGAUCAAGAAGGCCAAACACAUGCCUGACCCCUGGGCUGAGUUCCACCUGGAGGAUAUUGCCACGGAAUGUGCCACACGUCACAGGUACAAUGCUGUCACCGGGGAGUGGCUGGAAGAUGAAGUUCUCAUCAAGAUGGCGUCUCAGCCCUUCGGCCGUGGAGCAAUGAGGGAGUGCUUCAGGACGAAGAAGCUUUCCAACUUCCUGCACACUCAGCAGUGGAAGGGGGCCUCCAACUACGUGGCAAAGCGCUACAUUGAGUCCGUGGACAGGGACGUGUACUUUGAGGAUGUGCGUCUACAGAUGGAGGCCAAGCUCUGGGGAGAGGAGUAUAAUCGGCACAAACCCCCCAAGCAGGUGGACAUCAUGCAGAUGUGCGUGGUGGAGCUGAAGGACAGACCGGGCAAGCCUCUCUUCCACCUGGAGCACUAUAUUGAGGGCAAGUACAUCAAGUACAACUCCAACUCGGGCUUUGUUCGCGAUGACAACAUGCGUCUGACACCACAGGCCUUCAGCCACUUCACAUUUGAGCGUUCCGGACAUCAGCUGAUUGUGGUAGACAUCCAGGGUGUGGGCGACCUCUACACUGACCCGCAGAUCCACACCGAGAAGGGCACUGACUUUGGAGAUGGCAAUCUAGGUGUUCGGGGAAUGGCGCUCUUCUUCUACUCUCACGCCUGCAACCGGAUUUGCAAGAGCAUGGGCCUCGCUCCCUUUGACCUCUCGCCAAGAGAGAGGGACGCCGUGAAUCAGAACACCAAGCUGCUGCAAUCGUCCAAGACCAUCCUGAGGGGGACAGAGGAAAAGUGUGGGAGCCCCCGAGUAAGGACCCUCUCUGGGAGUCGCCCCCCACUGCUUCUUCGCCUUUCAGAGAACUCUGGAGAUGAGAACAUGAGUGACGUGACCUUUGACUCUCUUCCUUCCUCCCCGUCUUCGGCCACACCACACAGCCAGAAACUGGACCACCUCCAUUGGCCUGUGUUCAGUGACCUUGGCAACAUGGCACCCCGAGACCACGACCAUCUGGACAACCACCGGGACUCUGAAAACAGUGGAGACAGUGGAUACCCCAGUGAGAAGCGGGGUGAGCUCGAUGACCCAGAGCCCCGCGAACAUGGCCAUUCCAACGGUAACCGGAGGUACGAGUCAGACGAAGACAGCCUGGGCAGCUCUGGACGGGUCUGCGUGGAGAAGUGGAAUCUCCUCAACCCGUCCCGCCUCCACCUGCCGAGACCUUCCGCCGUGGCCCUGGAAGUGCAAAGGCUUAAUGCUCUGGACCUGGACAAGAAAAUCGGGAAGUCCAUUCUGGGAAAGGUGCAUUUGGCCAUGGUGCGCUACCAUGAGGGUGGGCGCUUCUGCGAGAAGGACGAGGAGUGGGACCGCGAGUCGGCUGUCUUCCACCUGGAGCACGCAGCCGACCUGGGCGAGCUGGAGGCCAUCGUGGGCCUGGGGCUCAUGUGCUCACAGCUGCCCCACCACAUCCUGGCCGACGUCUCUCUGAAGGAUUCAGAAGAGAAUAAAACCAAAGGAUUUGAAUACUUACUGAAGGCAGCUGAAGCUGGCGACAGACAGUCCAUGAUCCUGGUGGCUCGGGCUUUUGACACGGGCCAGAACCUCAGCCCAGACAGGUCCCAAGACUGGCCAGAGGCUCUGCACUGGUACAACACUGCCCUGGAGAUGACAGACUGUGACGAGGGUGGUGAGUAUGACGGGAUGCAGGAUGAGCCUCGGUACACGCUGCUGGCCAGGGAGGCCGAGAUGCUGUUCACCGGUGGCUGCGGACUGGAGAAGGACCCACAGAGAUCAGGCGAUUUGUACACACAGGCAGCCGAGGCAGCGAUGGAAGCCAUGAAGGGCCGGCUGGCCAACCAGUACUAUGAGAAGGCGGAGGAGGCCUGGGCGCAGAUGGAGGAAUAGCUUGCCAGGAAAACACUAACGGCCGGUCCCAAGCAAAAAGGCUAAGACCGGGAGGGGAAAGACUUAUUGACUUCUUUAGAGGUUUUUUGGCGGGAAGGGGCAAGUAUUUUUACUGUGUUGUAAAUCAACUUUUGUAUUUCGUUUUUUGACUCUUGAAAAUGUCUUUGCUAUUGGCGAAGACGCUGCAGCUGUCCCUUAGGGCAGUAUCUUGGGGAGUGGGGAUUGAAAAAGCAGUCCAAUGAACCAGCGUAUUGUUUUGAGAUUUGGGGGGGGGUGGUCAUGAGAUAUAAGAAAGCGCUUUUCUGCCAUGAAUUAGAAAAAUAGGGCUUUGGGCUUUUCUCGCCAGCUUUUUCAGGCUCUACUGAAAUGAAAUCUCAGGCCCACAGAACUUGUUUCCUGAAUCAUAAUGGGAAAGGUAGAGCUGCAAAUUAAUUUUCCUUGGGGUGUGUAUUAUCAUGACUUAGUGCAAAGCCAUACUUCUGAGAGCAUUUGGAAGCAUGCAUAGCAUCGUUCUGUGGAUGUGAGAUUGCACAGUACCCAAGCCCCCUCCGUUCUUGGCAAAGGCCCACACGCUAACAGUUUGCUAAUCUUGUAGUUUAAUUUCCUUCCCAAAUGAAACUGAUUUUCUGGAAUACAGCCAAAUUCCGUUUUUUUAGCAUGCUUUCUGCGGUGGGCUUUAGAAAACAGAUUUGAUUUUUUCGUAUGCACACAUUUACUACCUCUAACUUAGUCAGCUAGUGUGGAAGUGGGUGCGCCUCAAACCUUUUACAUGUAAGAACCGAAAUUUGGAAUUGGAGCCUUUCCUCCAAGCAGACACAUACUUCGCAUCUCAGUGGCAGCAUCCACAGUGUACCUGAAGUACUUUGUACAGUGUUCCUCUGUGUUUUCUUAGCAUCUGACGUUCGUAUGUAGGCUCUGUUCCCCAACCCCUGUCCUUGCCAUUUUCUGCUUGAAGCUGGGCUGAUUUUCUUGUAAAUUGCAGCAGUACGAUUUCAGCAGCGGCCCCUUGAGAUUUAUCUGAGAUGUUUGAGGAUGAGAGGGCAAGAACUAUAAACACUUAACUAAUUCCAGUAGUUUCCCCAGGGCCAGGCUGUGGCUCUGCAUUUCAUGAGCUUUCCCCUUAAAAGGAGUAAGAUUUAAUACCAGUAUGAUUUCAGCCGGUGUGUCAAGGCAAAGAACACACACUGCUUUGAUCAAGCCCAAGUGCUAAAGCAGCCGCUCUUUCUGUGUUAAAAAGUGAAAACCAAACAAAAAAAAAACAGAAUGUGGCAUAGAAACCCUUCUUAUCUGUCCAUUAAAACAGCUCUUUCAGCACAAUACUGUUAAGUGCUUUGGAGUCCUGAACCUGGGCCAGCAUUUGAACCUUUGGUUCCAAAGUUCAGGGUGUGCACAGGUGGAAAAAAUCAAGCCGACUCAGAGAUGCCCUUGGAAAAAAUCCUCUAGACCACCUGUAAGUUACAGUAUCCCUCAUUUUUGCGUAUGGAUUCACCACAACCCGCUUCCUUUACAGGUUGGGACAGAUCACCUAUUUGCAGCCAGUCAAGAAAGUUGGCUUGCUUUAGGUUUUUCAUCCAUGUGUUUUAAACCCGUGUAUAUAGUUAAAUUGCAUAUGGUAAACAUACAUGAGAAGCAGCUUGAUUGUAACUUAUCUCUUACUCUGGUAAAAGGCCAAAUAGUAAAUAUCGUAGGCUUUGUAGGUCAUAGGGUCUCUGUUGUAACUACUCAGCCCUGCUGUUGGGAAGAAACACCAAGGAGCAGUACCUAUAUGAAUGAGCUUGGCUGAUGUUCCAAUAAAACUUUAUUUACCAGAGCAGCCUGCCUAAGCAGUAGUUUGCCGACUCCAGCUCCAGUCCUUGACUAAGAGUCACUACAGUGUGCUCUGAAGCCAGAAGCUGUCUCAGUGUUUCAGCUUUCAGUGCUCAAAAACACAGUGCCUUGGCAGAGUGAGCACGCGAUAAAUGGUAAACGUGUGAGCAAAUGGAGAGCCAGCCCUAGUCACAGCACCUAAUCCGAGGCGCUGAGUCUUCCAACCAGUUAACAAUUUGUUGUCUGAGUUGGCUUGUGAUGUCACUCCUCCAGUUGCAACCCACCCACCUCCAUGGCCUUAACUCAGCCACCUUGUCUUCCAGGAGGCUGGGAUGGCCUGGAUAGAUAGCUAAGCAAAUGCUUAUUCAGGACCAGUGAGAGUCAAGUGAUCUGCAAGAGGCCGAGAUCCUUCUGAGCCAGUAGGAAAACUUAUCCCAUCUUCAAAACCUAGUUUUGUGCCUGCUAAAGCUGGUUAGGGCAUCUUUUUUUUUCCCCCCAUAGAUUCUGGGCAUGCAAAAACAAAAGACAACCCCAGGACAUUCCAGCCCAGUUGGGAAGACAUCAGAGACCAUCAUCAAGGGCAGGUGAAGGUUCAGGAGAACAGUCUGGGAUAUAGUCCCAUAUCUUCCAUCAUAGAUGGAGAAACGAAGGUUUUGAAAGAUAGACUCUCACAGUGACCCUGCUGGUUAGCAGCUAGCUGUAGCUAGGAUUUGAAAGGUGCUGUUAUUUAGAGGAUCCCGGGAAUAAAAUUUAAAAUAAGACUAGAGUGUAAUGUUCUCUCGGGUUUGCUCUAGGUUUUUUGUUUUUUUAAGCAGACUUUAUGGAUGUAAGAAGGAAAAAAAAAAAAAAAUCCCAAACCACAGGGCAUCUGAAUAUCCCUUCCCCUGAGGCACUGUGGGAAUUCAUCAUCAAAUGCAAACUUGGGGAACCAAGCCAGGUAAAGUGUCCUCGUUGCUGUCUUAGUGACUUCCUUUCAUCCCAGCACAUUUUUCUGCCCUACUGGACAUGAUUUACAAAUCGACACGUUUACAAAGGUAUGUGCAGCUUGUGUGGGGGAAAAGAGACAAAAUAUGGAUAUUCUCUGCAUGGAUUUGUGCCUGUUAACUCCUGUUUCUAGUCUCAAGGUAACCGUUUAACCUAGACAAGGUGGACUCUGGGUGGGACCCAGAGAAGUGGCCUGUGUUAUAUGUUUAUUUUUGCAUAUGUAUUCAGUUCAUGUUGUCUUUUCAAAUAAAGUGGUUUCUUUGUUUCCGGUCUCAAA